GAGACACAGCGCUCUCUGCUCUUUUGUUUCACUCUUUUCACUCUCUUGUCUCAAACUUCUCGCUCUGUUUCGUGACGCGUAAAAACUUUGGAGAGCUUUAGAGAGCUUCCCCCCUCCUCCUCCUCCUUCCUCUUCUUCCUCCUCCUUUUUUCACUGCGUGCGUAAUUAGUUUGGAGAGCGUUUGGAAACUUGUGAUGGCCGUGAAGAAAUUUCACUUUAUUUCUGACACCUGUUGCUGAACAACACAGCCCGCACAGCGGUCCAAAACGUGCGCAGACUUUAAUUUCUUCCACUUUUCACGCCAAGUUUGGACUGUUUUUUUGGCCACUGACAGGUCCGGAGCUGCGUAAUUCCUCCACAAAUCGAUGUUUUUGGUGAUUCGCACCGGGACUUCUGCGUGACAUCGAGGAGGAAGGACAUUCAGAGCGUCCAAAAAAGUGACACUGUGAAGAAGUUGUGGGUCUGUUUGAGCGCUCUGGAGCAGGCUGCUGUUUCAGAAAGACACCGAGCUGUGAGAAGUUUCCCAGCCGGACUGAGAGGAACAGUUUUCGGUCUUGAGCGCUUCGCAUGGUGGAAGGAGAAAGUUUUCUUGGAGAGCUGAGCCACAACUUCCUUUGAGAACAGCCGAACAGGUUGGGUGCUGACUCUAGCAGACUUCAGGACAGAGGUGCUUUUUCCUCCCCCUCUCUGCUCUGACUGUGCCAGCCCCAAACCCACAGAGCACUUUCUCCAGCACUGGCUGUGUGGCGGUGAAGCGGCGGACCAUGGACAACAGGCCUGUCCGGAGAAGACGAACCGGUGUCGUUCGACAUCUGCUGCUGGCUGCCGCCUUCCUCUCCUGCAGCUCCCAACUGAUGCUCGUGGAUGCCAACUCAUGGUGGUCACUGGGUCUGACCCCGAUCCAGCGGCCGGAGAUGUACAUUAUUGGAGCUCAGCCUCUCUGCAGUCAGCUGUCUGGUCUCUCCCAGGGUCAGAGGAAGCUGUGCCAGCUGUACCAGGACCACAUGACCUACAUCGGAAACGGAGCCAACACGGGCAUCAAGGAGUGCCAGUACCAGUUCAGACAGAGGAGGUGGAACUGCAGCACCGUGGACAAGGUGUCGGUGUUCGGACGGGUCAUGCAGAUCGGCUCCAGGGAAACGGCCUUCACCUACGCCAUCAGUGCAGCCGGUGUGGUCAAUGCCAUCAGCCGGGCGUGCCGUGAAGGUGAACUCUCUACUUGUGGCUGCAGCCGAGCCGCCCGACCCCGAGACCUGCCGCGUGAUUGGCUGUGGGGCGGCUGCGGCGACAACGUGCACUACGGCUACAGAUUCGCCAGAGAGUUCGUAGACGCCAGGGAGAGGGAGAAGAAUUACCCCCGAGGUUCACCUGAACACGCCCGGACGCUGAUGAACCUGCAUAAUAAUGAAGCAGGGAGACAGGCCGUCUACAACCUUGCUAAUGUGGCCUGUAAGUGUCACGGAGUCUCAGGUUCCUGCAGUCUGAAGACCUGCUGGCUCCAGCUGGCCGACUUCCGACGUGUUGGGGAAUCCCUGAAAGAGAAGUAUGACAGCGCAGCAGCCAUGAGGAUUGGACGCAAGGGAAAGCUGGAGCUGGUAGACAAGCGCUUCAACACUCCAACCCACGAGGACAUGGUCUACAUCGACCCCAGCCCGGACUACUGCCUCCGCAACGAGACCACCGGCUCACUGGGCACUCAGGGCCGCCUCUGCAACAAAACCUCGGAGGGGAUGGACGGCUGCGAGCUGAUGUGCUGCGGCCGAGGAUACGACCAGUUCAAGACCUACAAGCACGAGCGCUGCCACUGCAAGUUCCACUGGUGCUGCUAUGUCAAGUGCAAACGCUGCACGUCACUCGUGGACCAGUUCGUGUGCAAAUAGCAUCGCUGGUGGACGCCGGGACGACGGAAGAGGGAUGAAAGCAGCGGAGAGGGGAGGAUUUGAUGACAGAGGGUGAAGGAGGUGAGGUUGAGGCGGCUUUUUUUCAGGGUUUUGUUCAGGAUGAGACGCACAGAUUUCAUUUUCUGUCCAUUUUCCUCGUCGCCUCAUCUUUCACUUAAAAAAAAGCUUUCAAAAACACAUCUGCGGCCACUUUUCGAGCACAGAAGGCAACUCUGUCUUCCGUUUUCCCGCCCUCAAUCAUCACUGCUUUCACGUAUGAUAUCCUGAUCCCGAUCCUGAAGGAAGAAAGAACUGAACGACGCGUAGGGAUGAACGGACCCGCAGGAGGAACAACUGGCUCCUUCAAAGGGAGGACACAUGAAGCUAGUGCGAGAUGAAGAAACGAGCGACGAAAGAAAUAUAUAAUUAAAUAAUAAAUAAGCAUACAAGCAACAUUGAUUGUUAUUUAAAGAGACUUGAGCAAGACAGCAGUUUUGGACCCAUUAAAAACUCUGUAUUUAGGAAUCUCCCAGUCCUUUUGGAGUGUGGAGCCUCAGUGGUGCCAUCACAUGCGUUUUAAUGAACUUUUGACCUUUGGAGAGAGAUUCUGGCUACGUGAGUUGUGCUAAAAUUGUCACGUAUAUUGUUAAUACGACACAAGAAAUGAAGAAAAGUGAGACAAUAGAGGUGGUGUCUUCUAUUAGGGGUGUAAAUUUAACAAAAUAAUUAAUUGGAAAGUAAAAAUAACAUGUUCUUUUUUGACACACAGCUGCAGAUUUCUGUUUAAAAAUCCACACGUCACCUUGAGGCCAUAAAGGACACCGGCGACCCCCCCAUUUAUCUCGGUGUCGCCGCUGCUCUUACUCGUAUUACCGGAGCAGAUUCCCAGCGACCUGACAAGUGUGUCUGCGCAGGUUAAUGAGGCUUUUUGCCGGUUGCAGCCAUCUUGACACCUCGGCUGUUUAAACAAGCAGCUCACACCGGCGGCUUUGGCUCCGUAACCUUCAUGUGACAGCGAAGUGAACGAAACCUCCAUUAGCGAGAUUAAUGUGGUGUAUCUGCCUUAAUGAAGCCGCACCGAGAGACACCGGUGGACAUCUUCAUCUCAUCGUGUUACGCAACUUGUUAGCAGGCCUGCAGUGUCGAUUUUUGCCGCCGUUUUGUAAUUCUCUUGUUUCGUAAUUUUGUACUGGCUGACUAAUCCGAAUGAUAGCCGAUGACAAACAAGACAACCGAACAUGUUGUGGGAUGAAAAUCAGAAAGGACUGCAAUUUAUUACGCACUACUUUAAGAAAAAACAACAACAGUAGAUCGGAAAAGAAAUUAUAUUUUAUUAUUGUUUUUCAUUCUCUGUUUUCUAUGUUUUAUACAUGAGUAUUACUGUGUAUUCUUUUGAUAAACUAGUCUUUGAAAAUCUGUUUUGAGCUCUUUUUUUGAUACAGUCUGAUCGGGGCCAAGAUUCUUCGCUCUGUCCCACCAUGACAACUACAGACACGUCUUUGUCAUUGAAACUGUUUUGGAAAAUGAUAUUGCAAUGGCUAUGUGGGGAAAGGAAUUAGGUAAUACAGUACAAGAGAUGGAAAUACACUGCUGCCAUUGAUAAAAGAGGGACAAGUAUGUGAAAAACAACUGAGAUCCUGGAAAAUGCUAAACAGGAAAAAAGACUGAACUUCACUUAUUCUGGAGGAAUGGUUGCCAAUUACCUCUUCUGAAUGUUUCAUAUUUUCUUCAUAUGUGAUCAAUUGUGUGUUUUUUUUAAAAGUUUAAAUUCCUUAAAACUACUUAAAAAUGGGACAAACGUGUGCCUUUUCCCUUGUUUUUAACGAUUUUUCUUGCAGGAUUUAAAAUCUCAAAUGAAAAACACAUUGAAUCUGGAAUUAAUCUUCACAUUUACACUCAAAUUCAUCUCAAAUGGCACCAAAUAAACAACUAUGUGUGCAUCCAUCGUGAUCGUGUCAGUAUUACAGUAGCCUAAAGACAUGAGCGGAUAACUAGAAUGUUUUCAUGUCACCUUGUGUUUAUAUGAAUGUAUUGUUUUCUCACAUAAAAAGUAAAAUAUUAUGUAUGUUGGUAAA